AUGGCUUCUAAAAUGAUGAAGGUCUCCAUUACUCGAAGAGACACCAUCAAACCAUCCUCUCCUACUCCUGUUAACCUUAAAAUUUUCAAACUCUCUCUUCUUGAUCAAGUCCAAGUGACAAACUAUGCUCCGGUGGUUUUAUUCUACCCCGCAAACAAUGUUCAUGUGUUGGAAAACAUGUUACUACAACGUAUUCAACGUUUGAAGAUAUCCUUAUCGGAAGCUCUCACUCAAUACUACCACUUUGCAGGGAGAUUUAUAGACCAGACCUCCAUUGAAUGCAAUGAUCAAGGAGCCGAGUUUGUGGAGGCUCGAGUCAACUGUUCUUUAUCCGCCGUUCUUGGACAACUAGACAUUUCGCAACUCGAGAUACUAUUCCCGGGGGAUCCUAAAGCCUUGCUGACUACCGAGGAUUUUUUGUUGGCUGUUCAAGCCAAUGUAUUUGAAUGUGGCGGAAUGGCUAUUGCGAUAUGCCUUACCCACAAGAUUGUGGACGCAGGAUCUUAUUUUACAUUCGUCAAGAAAUGGGCCGCCAUAGCUCGAGACUCAGACAACCAUGUGCUUCCAGACUUAACCAUCGCGUCAUCUCUUUUUCCUCCGCGAGAUUGUGUUUUGCCUACUUUCGAAUUUCCUCGAGAAAAGUGCGUGGCAAGAAGGUUUGUUUUCAAUCCUUCAAGUAUCGCUGCACUCAAGGCGAAAUGCGCCACUACAAGCGUGCAACGCCCGACCAGAACAGAAGUGGUGGUGGCACUGCUUUGGAAAUGCCUAAUAACAACAUCAAGAUCACUCGGCGGGGAUUCGAGUCAAUAUUUGUGUACUCGUGCUGUAAACUUGCGACGUAGAUUUUCUCCCCCAUUGCCAGAACACACAGUUGACAAUCUUUUAGCGUCAUUGGUGUUGCUCAUGAAAGUUGAGGACAAAAAUGAUUUGGAAUUGCACUCAAUAGUUUUCCUUCUAAGGAAGAGGUUGCAAGAAUUUUCGUUCGAGCAAGGCCAAAAUAUUUUCGGAGAAACGAAUACGGAGAUGAUGGAACUGGUAAGCAAGGAGAGCGCACACUAUUUUUGUGUGACUACGUCCUGUGGAAUGCCGAUCUAUGAGGCUGAUUUCAGAUGGGGAAAGCCAAUAUGGAUUAAUGUUUUCAAUUUGCUAAUGUCUAAUCUCGUAAUCUUAAACGAUACGAGAGAGGGAAAUGGAAUUGAAGCCAUAAUGUACUUGACUGAAGAAGAGAUGGGGGUUUUUGAACGUAACCAAGCACUGCUAGCAUUUGCUACUUUAGGUCACAACAUAUUUGAAGAUAGCAGCACAACCAGCACUUCAAGGCUCUGA